UUUACACUUCACUCACAAUCUGAUCAAUUCUCAUGCUAUCAACACUGCUGAGAGGAAACGUCUGGUCCGCGUCUGAUUUGCAUUUGGCUUUUGUUGGAGGAAAGGGCACAAGCUUUGCACGACAUGGACUGUGUAAUCAGCCGGCAGGUCUACAAUAAUUAAGCAUUGUGUGUUAUUGGUUCAUUUGGCUGGCACAGGGCUGAGGACAAGUGUAUGUUCUCUGAUUUAGAGAUGAACGUUGUUUGAACUUGGCUGACCACUUGCAGUAAUCGUCGACCGUUACCACUUCUCUCUUACUCUCCUGUUACCAUCAGCAGCCAUGUAUACCCAAGUGUCCAAGUCCAGCCCGCAUGCCCAUAAGAAGAUGCAGUACCGCUCCAAGGGCAAGAGCUGCGGCUACUACAUGCGCAUCGUCUUCUUCUUCUCGUCGCUCAUUCAGUCUCUUAUCAUAGUGAGCCUCGUGCUCUUUCUGGUCUACGGUAAGACGCAGGACUCCGCGUCCACGUCUCGCAUCCAGGACCUGGAGGAGACCUUCAGCAGACUCUCCAUCGAGAACGUGGCUCUACGACACCAGAGGAAGAACCUGACCAACCUACUCAACACCACCCUGACGGAGAAGGCCCGCAAUGACUGGGACCUGGAAAGGUUCCGCUACGUCAUCAACAUCUCAUCCAUCCUCAUACAAGACAUCGACAAGAAGCUGAGUCAGUGCAACACCGAGUUGUUUAUGUGCAAGAGCAAAAACUUGUUCAACACCGGUUGUGAAAGAUCAACCACAUUCACUAAUCCAAGCAACUGUAACUGUGGGCUGUUGGCUGACCAGCUGAAAGCCAGACUCGAGUUGGUGGACUCCAACUUCACACAAACGACCCAGAGGAUGAGGAUGGAAACGGACCAGAUUGCCAAAGAGAGGGACAACCUUAACUUGGAAGUCAUCCGUCUGCGCAGGGACAAAACCUCUCAUGAAAAGGAAGUGGAGUUCUUCAGAAAAAGAUGUAAAGAGGAAUUCGCCCAGUCCUUGAGCGGCAUCUCCAAUGUUUCCAAGGCUUUCAUCGAGAAGAUCAAUACCCUCUUCCCUAUGCACAUCCCCUUCCAGCUCACCUGUACCAAACAGAGGGAGAACCUGGAGCAGAUCCGCACCAACUGCACCAGCCUGUCCAUGGAGGUUGAAGACAAGCUUCAGCAUUACCUGAAUAUAGUGGGAGGCCAGGUGUCUAACAUCCAGCAUGAGAACAGCCGCUUGAAGGCAGAGAACUUGCUGCUGAAUGACGACUACCGACGGUGCAGCACGAACCGCACGGCCACGAUCAAGCAGAACAAACAGAACCUAGACAAGCUUCAGCAGAAACACGAUGAGGACCAGGAGAGACUCCUUAUGGACAAGAUGAGGCUAAAUGGAGAAAUAGAAGUCCUUAAGAACAAUGUCAAGUAUAGAACUAAAAUGGUUGAUCACCUGACAGAGCAAAUCAAGCAGCUCAACAUGUCCUGCAUGCUAAAGCCAGGUUUUGGUGGACUUCCUGGAGGAUUCCCCCCUCAGACACCACAUACACAGUGGGGCUUAAACACUGGUGGUGGAACCAACCCAUUUGGGGGUCAGCCUGGUGGGCCAGUGUCAGGUGGUUUGGGGUCGAACCUUGGCUCAUUAGGGUCAGCAGCCCAUAAACCAGCGACCGGGACGGGCUCUUUGUCAUCAGGGUACAAUAAGCCAGGGUCGACUGGGUUAGGUUCUUCAGGCUCGUCCCCCUACCCUUCCGGGUCAGGCAGUUCAGCAUUCAAUAAGCCAACAACUGGGUUGGGCUCAUCCCUCUUGCCGUCAGGGUCAAGCAACUCAGCUGUGUCAUCAUACAAUAAGCCAUCGACCGGGUCGGGCUCUUCCCUCUUGUCGUCUACUGGGUUAGGUAGCUCCACCGGGUUAGGAUCCAACAAGCCAAGCUUUGCAAAUCCAAGUCUUAGCUCAGGUUCAAAUAAACCAGCCUUUGGGACAUCCUUGGGGUCAAGUGGGUUAGGCUUAAAUAAGCCAACAACCAAUGUGAAACCCUCCACAGGCCUCGGGUCAUCCUCUAGUUCCUCUGGGUCAGUAAGUAAAAGUAAUUCAGGCAGCUCCGGAUUAUCUUGGUGGGGGAUGGGGGCCAGUAGCUCAACCCAAAAUAAGCCAGGAAGCUCAACAGGGAAAGGACCAUCAACUGGGAGCAGCUCUGGAGGAACUGGAUCGUUAUUUGGUGCGGGAAGAUCGAGUGGACUGGGAGGUGGCUCAGUCAACGUUGCUCAACACCUCAGAGAUCUGCAGCGCAUCAUCAACCCCUCCGCCCCAGAGGAGAAACAAGAUCUCUCCAGAGUGUUGGGUUAGUCCAUCAAAAACUAGACUAAAAUAAAUUUAUCAUCCACUGCAUCUACUAAACAAAGCUUAAAGCAAGCUUCUCAUACUGAUUCACAGCUUUGAAAAACAGCUCUCUUAAUGUAACACAAUAGGAGGUGCACAGUUAUGAACACCAUGUAACACAAAUGUGAUGUUGUAUACGAUUUGUAUAUGAUGAAUAUGAAGUACUAGAUUUCAGACCCCAGGAAGACUGGCUGGUGCCACUGGCAUUAGCUUAUGGGGAUCCUUUUAAAUAAAUGUUCCAUAUAAUAUACUUUUGUGACAGUGUAUACUUUAAUAUGAAUUUUAAAAAGUAUGAAUAACUUUUGCACUUUUAAAUGUAAAAUGUGAAGUUUGUGUGUUAUUGAUUUGUAUCUACACAGUAUGAAUAGGCACAUAUUGUAUUUGUAGACUGUAAAUACAAAAAUAAAAUUUGUUUAAACAUA